AUGGGUUCCUUAGUAAAGGUUGUUGCCUCCAGGCUUCCCCGGUGUGUCAUCUCACCACGUACUUUGGCGGCUACUCAUCAUCAACGCUGUUUCUUUAGCACCACCAACAAUCGUCAUGGUUUUAAGAAUAAUCUCCAUCGUGUUCGCAACGUUGCCAUUAAUAGGAUUCCUAGCUUCUUAUAUGAAAAUAUAUUUAAUCAAUUCGGGCUACUCACCGAGAUGAGGACUUAUCGUAUUGGUGCAACGGUAAUUAUGCCAUUAGACCCCCUGGACGAGGACCACUGUCUCACCAUGGUUGUACCGAUGAAGGGAGUCAUUUCCCAUGAAAACUUGAGGGUGACGGUGGACCGCAACAAAUUUUACAUAAGAGGGGUAGUGUAUGAUGAAUUCAAAGCAACACAUCACAUGUAUCAAAGCCAAUUUCUGUUAACAGAAGAAGAUUAUUAUUUGAAAUUCAAAAUAAGAUCAGAUAUACAGGCAUACUUUCUUACUCACGAAGGUGAAGACUACUUGAUGGUAAAAAUUCCCAAGUUCAACGCAGAAGAAAGGCUGAUGAACCAGAAGAAGCAUGAAGCAGGAGAGCUUAAAAAAGAUGCAUCCGUAUAUGAUAUCAAGGUCAAUGCUGUUAUAUAGACAUUAAAAGGGUUACCGAAAAAUCUUUGAUAUAUUUUGUUUUCUUUUAU